AUGGGUGGAAAGUACACCUUGAGCCAAGAACAUCCUAAUAGCCUGCGGCACAAAUACAACUUUAUUGCAGAUGUGGUGGAGAAGAUAGCUCCUGCUGUGGUUCACAUUGAAUUAUUUCGCAAACUUCCUUAUUCGAAGAGGGAGAUUCCAGUUGCCAGUGGCUCAGGGUUCAUCGUCUCAGAAGAUGGACUGAUAGUGACAAAUGCCCAUGUCGUCACCAACAAAAACCGGGUGAAGGUGGAACUGAAGAAUGGUGAAACGUAUGAAGCUAAAAUUAAAGAUGUUGAUGAAAAAGCUGACAUUGCACUAAUUAAAAUAGAUUCUCAGGGUAAAUUGCCAGUUCUUCUGCUUGGUCAGUCUGCAGACUUGAGGCCAGGAGAAUUUGUGGUCGCGAUUGGAAGUCCAUUUUCCCUUCAAAACACAGUGACUACAGGGAUCGUUAGUACCACUCAGCGCGGAGGGAAGGAGCUGGGGCUCCGCAACUCCGAUAUGGACUAUAUUCAGACUGACGCCAUCAUCAACUAUGGAAACUCCGGAGGACCCCUAGUAAAUCUGGAUGGUGAAGUCAUAGGAAUUAACACAUUAAAAGUUACAGCAGGGAUCUCCUUUGCUAUCCCAUCGGAUAAAAUCAAAAAGUUCCUAACUGAAUCCCAUGACAGACAAGCUAAAGGAAAAGCUAUAACCAAAAAGAAAUACAUUGGCAUACGAAUGAUGUCCCUAACUCCUAGCAAAGCUAGAGAGCUGAAGGAUCGCCAUAAAGACUUUCCUGAUGUUGUCUCUGGGGCCUAUGUUAUUGAAGUAAUUCCAGAAACACCAGCUGAAGCUGGUGGCCUGAAGGACAACGAUGUGAUUAUAAGCAUCAAUGGACAGUCGAUAAGUUCAGCCAGUGAUGUCAGUGACAUUAUUAAAAAGGACAGUACGUUGAACAUGGUCGUACGCAGGGGCAACGAAGAUGUUAUGUUAACAGUAGUUCCUGAAGAAAUCGAUCCCUAACCAGAAACAUGAGCUGGAUUUCAUGUUUUCUUUUAACAGCAUUGGACUGCUUAUAUUCUCUCUGUGCUGGUACAGGAAACGUUAGACUUCUGACCAACAUUCUGCUUGUUCAGUGGAUUAGUAUUGGCCAACAGAGUAACUUCUAAUAGGUUUAAGGUGCAAAAUCAGUGUAAUUUCACAUACUCCAGAUGAUAAUUUUUUUCCUUCUGUAUUAUGUAUGCAAUGUAUUCUUUACUGGCUAUUACAUUCCCCGCUUAACAAAUCGACGUUUGCUUCCCUGUGUUUGAAUCGAUUUACCAUUAUUUCCGCUAAGAUUUAAACAAAACCCACGCACACAAUGUGUGUUGUGGUAUUCGGGUAUUUAUAGGUUAGCUGUGUUUCAACUGGAAAUACCAUUGUAAAGUAGUUGGUUUAAAAGAAAACGUAAUUGGGAAAAAAAAGUUUGGUUUACAAACAGAAAGAAAUCCCAACCAAAAUAACCCUUUGAGGAACCCGUGCAGGAUUUUAAUACUAUGAUAUUUUCCUAGUGUUAUUAAAAGAAUUCAACAGUA